AUGGGUGUCAGUGUGAUUGCUGAAGGAACAAGAGUGCACAAAAGGUCCAAUGAUGGAGCAGUACUGAAAAGAACGCUGGAAAAUACUGCCCCCUUUGAAGUGGAGAAGGCAAAGCUGGGAGAAGCUGUGGCCGACGUGGCAGCGGCAGGUGCACCCAACAGGGAGGGUCCGGGCGGGGCCGGCUCUGCGAUCGUCCGCCCCCCCUCGUCCGCGAGUGAGGAGGAGGGCGGGGGUGACGCGCACCGAAAAGGACUUAAGUCGGAGAAGUUUGCGCACAGCCUCAUCUCUGGGAGAGCAGAGGCAGGCUCCGCUAAGUGUCCACCUAAGGUAGGUGCCAUUAGAGCACCUUCCACACGAGAGGAAACCGGCGGAGCACAACUGCCACACAUCGGAUUUGAAAAUGGUUCCAAGGAGAUUCAAAGCAUUUUUGCUGAUGCCCAGGAAAAUGAGUUCUUCCUGACGGUCCCAUUGCAAUAUUCACCAGUUCCCACUGGUGACACAUACUAUUCAAGUCAGCUGAUGGUUCUUGAUUUCUUAGAAUGCCUGAGAAGGGGGAACCAUCGCAAACCGAAGCUGAGGUUCCAUUUGGUGAACCGGUUCACUCUGCUGCUCCUGCUUCUUCUCAGCCCAACUCCAGUUGUUCAGGCCCCUGCCAAUCUCAGUGAACCCAGCCCUACUAAUGAGGCAUUUCUGUAUGCUAUUGGGCGCAAGAAGCUGCUGGAAGCCCAGUACAGUUGCUAUGACAGAAUACAGGAGCUGCCCCCUUAUGAAGGAGAAGGUCCAUACUGCAACCGCACCUGGGACGGAUGGCUGUGCUGGGAUGACACGCCAGCUGGAGUGACAGCCUAUCAGCAUUGCCCAGACUACUUUCCAGACUUUGACGUAACUGAAAAGGUUUCAAAAUACUGUGAUGAAAAUGGAGAGUGGUUCAGACACCCUGACAGCAAUCGAACCUGGUCCAACUAUACUCUGUGUAAUGCUUUCACUUCUGAGAAGCUGCAUAAUGCAUAUGUCCUGUACUACCUGGCUCUUGUGGGUCAUUCUUUGUCGAUUGCUGCUUUGGUUGCUUCCCUGGGGAUCUACCUGGUUUUCAAGAGCCUGAGAUGCCAAAGGGUGACGGUGCACAAGAACAUGUUUCUCACUUACAUCCUAAACUCUAUCAUUAUCAUCAUCCACCUGGUUGAGGUCGUGCCCAACGGUGAUCUGGUGCGACGGGAUCCAAUGCAUAUAUUCCAUCAUAGUACACACAUGUGGACAAUGCAGUGGGAACUCUCACCACUCUUGCCCCCGAGUGCACAGGAGGGAAACAUGGACUCUAAUGACAGUGAAGUGAUAAGUUGCAAGGUUCUACACUUCUUUCACCAAUACAUGAUGGCUUGCAACUAUUUCUGGAUGCUCUGUGAGGGGAUCUAUCUUCACACUCUCAUCGUCGUGGCUGUGUUCGCAGAGGAGCAACGCCUGCGCUGGUAUUACCUUCUUGGCUGGGGGUUCCCAGUGAUACCAACUACGAUCCACGCCGUUACCCGGGCUCUCUACUACAAUGACAACUGCUGGCUGAGCGUCGAGACCCACCUGCUUUACAUCGUUCAUGGACCUGUCAUGGUGGCUCUGGUGGUCAAUUUCUUCUUUCUGCUCAACAUCGUCCGUGUUCUUGUGACCAAGUUGAGGCAAACUCAUCAGGCAGAAACCUACAUGUACCUGAAAGCUGUGAAAGCUACCAUGGUCCUUGUGCCCCUGCUGGGGAUCCAGUUUGUGGUGUUUCCCUGGAGGCCCUCCAACAAGAUUCUUGGGAAGAUCUACGAUUAUGUCAUGCACUCUCUGGUUCAUUUCCAGGGAUUCUUUGUUGCAACUAUCUACUGCUUCUGCAACCAUGAGGUGCAAGUUGCCGUGAAACGCCAGUGGGCAAAGUUCAAGAUCCAGUGGAGCCAGCGCUGGGGAAGGCGCCGCCGCCGCACCACCAAUCGCGUGGUCGCUGCUCCUCGUGUUACAGCCUUCGCUGAGCCUGGUGGCCUCCCCAUUUACAUCUGCCAUCAGGAACCAAGAAAUCCUCCAGUCAACAACAAUCAAGUCGAAGAGGUUACUGAAAUGAUUCCCUUGAACGUCAUCCAGCAAGACCCAUCUGCCGUCGAGCAGGACUCAUCUGCUUGAAUGUGAAGCUACCCCGUUGUGAUCCACUGAGCCUUCAUUUCCUGGGUGAAGAUAGACCAUGCAUUUCAAGUGAUUCCCCAUCCUCCCAGGAGCUGAGCAUAUCAUUCGUGAAGAAUUAUUAAGUGAAUUUGUUCAUAGUGAUGUUUGAAGAAAGUUAUUCUUGGUACUAUUGCUUUGGAGACUGUCUAGGAAUAAGUUAUUCUUGGUACUAUUGCUAUGGGAGACUGUCUAGGAAUAGAGUCUCCCACUGCAACUUGGGAACACCAUCAUUCGUCUAGGACUGAGAUGCCAGUGUCUAAGAAUGAAGGCAAGAUAUCCAAAAAAUACCACUAAAUUGACCUAGUUCAGAUACAGGGUGCUCCUUGUUAAUCUUGAGCCAUUUAUACCUUUGAGAAAUUUUAA